GUCCCGCGCAGGCGCAGGUGGGCCCUGGGCCCGGGCGGCCAUGGCAGUGGCUACGGUGGCGGCGUUACUGGCCGCACUGGGUGGGGCCCUGUGGCUGGCGGCCCGGAGGUUCGUGGGGCCCAGCGUCAAGCGGCUGCACCGAGGCGGGGACUCCGGCCUCAUGCACGGGAAGACAGUGCUGAUCACGGGUGCGAACAGCGGCCUGGGCCGCGCCACAGCCGCCGAGCUGCUGCGCUUGGGGGCGCGAGUGAUCAUGGGCUGCCGGGACCGCACACGCGCCGAGGAGGCGGCGGUUCAGCUCCGCCGCGAGAUAUGCCAGGCUGGGGGCCCCGAAUUGGGGCCUGACUCCAGCGGGGCCGGCGAGCUCGUCGUCAAGGAGUUGGACCUCGCCUCGCUGCGCUCCGUGCGCUCCUUCUGUCAGGAGGUGCUCCAGGAAGAGCCUAGACUGGAUGUUUUGAUCAACAAUGCAGGCAUCUUCCAGUGCCCGUAUAUGAAAACUGAAGAUGGGUUUGAGAUGCAGUUUGGAGUGAACCAUCUGGGGCACUUUCUACUCACCAAUCUUCUCCUUGGACUCCUUAAAAGUUCAGCUCCCAGCAGGAUUGUGGUAGUUACCUCCAAACUUUAUAAAUACGGAGACAUCAACUUUGAAGACUUGAACAGUGAACAAAACUAUAAUAAAAGCUUCUGUUAUAGUCGGAGCAAACUGGCUAACAUCCUUUUUACCAGAGAACUAGCCCGCCGCUUAGAAGGCACAAAUGUCACUGUCAAUGUGUUACACCCUGGCAUGGUGCGGACCAACCUGGGGAGGCACAUACACAUCCCACUGUUAGUCAAACCACUUUUCAAUUUGGUGACAUGGGCUUUUUUCAAAACUCCGCUAGAAGGUGCCCAGACUUCGAUUUAUUUAGCCUCUUCCCCUGAGGUAGAAGGUGUGUCAGGAAAGUACUUUGGGGACUGUAAAGAGGAAGAACUAUUGCCCAAAGCUAUGGAUGAAUCUGUUGCAGGAAAACUCUGGGAUGUCAGUGAAGUAAUGGUUGGCAUAUUAAAAUAGGAACAAGGAGUGGAAGAGAGCUGUUUGUAAGACUGGAUGUCAGCUCUGUCAUUUUAGGUUUUUUUUUUUU